AUGGCGGCGGCGGCGGCUGUCGUCCCUGAGGCGAUGGCGGCGGCGAGGGAGCCGCCGUGGCAGUGGGAUCGGAGGCCCGGGCUGGGCCUCACCGACAGGCAGGCGGGCUCCGUGCUGGAGCUGAAGGCCGCCGCAGACCACCCGCCCGUGCCGCCUGAGCUCCCUAUUGAAGACUUGUGCAGUCUGACGUCCCAGUCGCUGUCUGUUUCCCUGACGUCAGUGGUGCCAGAAUCCACAGAAGACAUCCUCCUGAAGGGCUUUACCGCCUUGGGCAUGGAAGAGGAAAAAAUCGAAACGGCCCAGCAGUUCUUCUCAUGGUUUGCCCAGCUACAGACGCAGAUGGAUCAAGACGAGGGCGUUAAGUACAGACAGAUGAGGGAUUACUUGUCCGGAUUUCAGGAGCAGUGCGACGCUAUACUGAACGACGUGAACAGCGCUCUGCAGCAUCUCGAGUCACUGCAGAAACAGUAUCUCUUUGUGUCCACGAAGACGGGAACUCUGCACGAAGCCUGUGAGCAGCUCCUGAAAGAGCAGUCAGAACUCGUUGACUUGGCUGAAAAUAUUCAACAGAAGCUUUCGUAUUUUAACGAACUGGAAAAUAUCAAUACAAAACUGAAUUCCCCUACGUUGUCCGUGAACAGUGAAGGAUUUAUUCCCAUGCUGGCUAAACUAGAUGAUUGUAUCACAUAUAUUUCAUCUCAUCCUAAUUUUAAAGACUAUCCCGCAUAUUUACUAAAGUUUAAACAAUGCCAGUCUAAAGCUGUGCAUCUGAUGAAGACAUACACUGUGAACACACUACAGAACCUCACCAGUCAGUUAAUAAAAAGGGAUCCUUCCUCUGUGCCGAAUUCAGACAAUGCCUUCACGCUCUUUUAUGUAAAAUUCCGAGCCGCCGCUCCCAAAGUCCAAACUCUUAUUGAACAAAUAGAGCAGCGAUCGGAGAAAAUACCAGAAUACCAACAGUUGCUAAGUGAAAUCCAUCAGUGUUACCUUGAUCAAAGGGAACUUCUCCUGGGCCCUAGCAUUGCUAGUACUGUAGCAGAGCUAACCAGCCAGAACAACAGAGAUCAUUGUGCAUUGGUUCGCAGUGGCUGUGCCUUUAUGGUUCAUGUGUGCCAGGAUGAACACCAGCUUUACAAUGAGUUUUUCACAAAACCGACUUCAAAACUGGAUGAACUUUUGGAGAAACUGUGUGUGUCAUUAUAUGAUGUCUUCAGGCCGUUAAUCAUCCAUGUUAUUCACCUAGAGACUCUGUCCGAACUCUGCGGGAUUCUUAAAAACGAGGUUCUCGAGGACCACGUGCGGAACAAUGCUGAGCAACUGGGGGCAUUUGGUGCCGGAGUGAAGCAGAUGUUGGAGGACGUGCAGGAGCGGCUCGUCUAUCGAACACACAUCUAUAUCCAGACGGACAUUUCGGGGUACAAGCCCGCCCCGGGGGACCUGGCCUAUCCCGAUAAGUUGGUCAUGAUGGAGCAAAUUGCCCAGAGUUUAAAAGAUGAACAAAAGAAGGUGUCCUCUGAGGCAUCAUUUUCAGAUGUUCGGCUAGAAGAUUCAGAGUCCAACAACGUAAUUAGAUCUGGCACAGCAGAGCCCCUCACUCCCAGACCACAAAGCACCAUUUCACCGGCUGAUCUCCACGGGAUGUGGUACCCUACUGUCCGAAGGGCUCUCGUCUGCCUCUCCAAACUGUACCGCUGCAUAGAUAGGGCCGUGUUCCAAGGAUUAGCACAGGAAGCUUUGUCGGCCUGCAUCCAGUCCUUACUGGGAGCUGCGGAUUCCAUCGCCAAAAACAAGACGCAGGUCGACGGACAGCUUUUCUUAAUUAAGCACCUCCUGAUUCUUCGAGAACAGAUUGCUCCGUUCCACACAGAAUUCACCAUUAAGGAAAUUUCCCUGGACCUUAAGAAAACUAGAGAUGCGGCAUUUAAAAUCCUGAAUCCUCUGACUGUUCCAAGAUUUUUUAGGCUGAACAGCAACAAUGCCUUGAUAGAGUUCUUAUUGGAGGGUACUCCAGAGAUAAGAGAACAUUAUCUUGACUCCAAAAAAGACGUAGACCGCCACCUGAAAUCGGCCUGUGAGCAGUUUAUUCAGCAGCAGACCAAGCUAUUUAUAGAGCAGCUGGAGGAGUUCAUGACAAAGGUUACGGCACUGAAAACCAUGGCCAACCAAGGAGGCCCCAAGUACAAUCUCUCCCAGCAGCCUUGGGCCCAGCCGGCCAAGAUGAACGACCUAGUGUCGAGUGCUUACAGGAGGAUAAAAACCAAGCUUCCGUUGACGUUACGAAGCAUGGCGUUAUACUUAUCCAACAGAGACACCGAAUUCAUCUUGUUUAAGCCCGUUAGGAACAACAUUCAGCAAGCGUUCCAGAAGCUCCAUGCUCUGUUGAAGGAGGAAUUCAGCAGUGAAGACAUCCAGAUCAUAGCUUGCCCUUCCAUGGAGCAGGUGAACCUGCUGCUGUCAGUGUCCAAAUAACCAAGCCAGGGAGGUGGAGGGAAGCAAAUUUCAGCGGACUGCCAGGCAGAGACUCGCAGCUCAAAGGAAAUAGUGGAGAGGUCUGCUUUAAAAUCCCCCGCGUGGCUCAGCGGCUGUUACCGGGUGACGGUAGUGUAAACGAGCGUUCAGACCAGUUUGCCCUUCCUAGCACACUGAAAAGCCAAAGAUUCAUUCGCCAGGGAGCGUCAAUUACUGCCUCUCAUCAUCUGACUUAAAAUGGCUACAAGAAACGUAAAACUUGAGAUUUAAAUUCUGGUGACUUGCAGCGGGGUGGAUCGCAGAGAAAAGAAGGGCAGUGAAAGCGGGGUUACAAGUGUCAGCGGGGUUGGGGGAGGAACUUUAAAGGGCUGAGGAGAAUAGUUUUCUAUAAUGGUGGUUGCCGUUGCUCCUUUUGGAAUUUCGCACUUCCCUUGAAUACUUUAAUCCCAGAAAUGCUACCCUGUCCCCAUCAGACUUUGGAGUGCGUCCGUUUGAGGUGAAGAUGGGGUGCUUUUCGGAACAGGUUUUACUUUAAUUUUCUUUGAAUUUUAGGGGUGGGGGCGGUUACUUCCUACAUCAACGUUUGAUGUAAAGGAUUUUGAGAGAGCGGGCCUGGAACGAGGCUGGGAUUCCAAAGAAAAACGGCUACUGCCACCUCCGAACAGACCGGCCGCUAAACCUACCUGGGCACAGCGGCCGGGACCGGGGAAGGAAGGGCGCAGGUGAAGCCUGCCCAUUUCUAAAAGAAACACAAAUGGAGGAAUAGAUUAGGCCGAACCCGCGGAUCGGGGCGGCUCGCGGGGGCGACGGGUCAGGCUGCGUGACGGCACUUUGACGUGAGGUGUGUUGAGCGAGGGUGCAGGGAUCCCCCCCACUUGACCCUGCAGGAUGGACGCCACGGGAGAAAUUUGGGCGAGAGGGGUGAAGAUGAUGGCGGUGAACGCAGGGGUGCUAGCACACUAAAACCCACUUCUGUAAAUCAGGGAUCACGAGAGAAACUGGGCCGGUAGAGCAGGGGAGUGAAGACAGCGUGAUCGAGGCCCCAAAAAAAGAUAAAAGCUUUAGGUGAAUGUUCAGCUGCAUGUCUAGCACUGAAGCAAUGAAAAGGUCCGGAACCACCCUCGCAAACCUGCUCAGUAUAGAAUGACUUUUUAGGUCAGCUCUCUGUGUCUCUUCGUGUAGCAAUGUUGUGGCUCUUUGAAGGGUCACCUGUUUUCAGGCGAUUUUUUUCGGUUGGUGGUAGAUUUUUUUUGAAAAGGGACCUCAGCUUUGGAGGCGGUGUCGGGGGUGGCAGGGAAGGAAGGUGAGGAGCGAGGCCUCGUUGCAGCAUUGGAAAAAUCAGCUAAUUAAGAACGUUGCCUGUCUCCUCCCGUCCCUUGUUAGAACAACCGUCAGAGAACGUAGACUGUAAAUGAUCCAAAUCCGUGUAAUAUAUGUAUAUUUGGUCCUAAUUUUAGUCUUUUACAAGAGCAAUGAGGGCAUGAUUAUUGUACAGGGCUCCGACUGAUUUAAUUUGAUGUAUAGAGGAGGGGGCACGCAGAAGGGUAAAGCUAUUUCAUGGCACUCACUUUUGUGUUUGGAGUCAUUUCCUCAAAACUCCAAAACACUGCUCCGUGCUCGUGGAGAAUAGCGAUCGUACCGGUUUCGCUGAAUGAAGAUUUGUUUAAAAAUUGUACAGUUUCAGGUGUUUACUUUUACAAAUAGUGUAUAUAAUUUCAAGAGAUUAAUUUAAGAUGCUUUAUAUUAUCGCGCUAGAAAUUUGCAAUUUUUAAUAAAUGUGGAUUUUUUAAAAAUAAAAAUGUUGCUUCCUA